AUGCAAAUACGUCGUCGUCGUUGUCGACGUUAUUAUGUAACUCAUACAUUAUUGUUUUCAUUAACAAUAUUUUCAACAAUUUUAACAAUGAUAUUCUUUCAAAAAUAUUUUUCUUAUGUAUUCCUUCAACAACGAAAUGAAAUCGAUCGAAUCUAUUACAUUGAUGAAAAUGAUUUAGAUGAUGCACAUAUAAUACCAACAAAAAAUAUUCAUUUAAUACAUAAAGAAUAUUUUAAUGCAACACAAUUGGCUUGUUCAUAUCCAAGAUUAACUAUUGAUAAUCCAGAUAUAUGGAAACAUUUACAACCAGUAAGGAAACAUAAACCAGAUUGUGAAAAAGCAACAAAUUGGGUAUAUGUUGAAAAUGGUACUUUUCGAUUAUCUCAACAAGCUUUACAAAAACAUGGAGCAAUUGUAUGUGCAUAUCGUCCAAUUCUUCGAUCGAAAGAUGAUUUUUCAACAAUGGAAGGUGCUCGAUUAUUUCCAAUUGUAGAUAAAAUGCCUCUUGUAUCUGAUUUUUUUCGUGCUGAUUGUCGAGCACGUGAUGGAAGUUUUUAUUCAAAUAUACAUUCAGGCAUUAUGUUUGAUGCUGGUUUACAUAUGCGACAUAUAUGGAAUCCAAUGAUUAAAACUCAUCUAGGGUAUAAUGUUUUAAUGUUUGGUUUUGAUUCUGUAUCUCGAAUGACUUUUAUGCGUUUUUUACCGAAGAGUUAUAAUUAUUUAAUUAAAGAGCUAGGCAGUAUUAUAAUGAAAGGAUAUAAUAUUGUCGGUGAUGGUACACCAGCAGCACUUUUACCUAUUUUAACGGGAAAAACGGAAAAAGAAUUACCGGAAGCUAGACGUGGUCAUAUCGGUGCACAAACAGUAGAUCGAUUUCCUUGGAUUUGGAAAAAAUUUAAAGAUAAUGGAUAUGUUACACAAUGGGCUGAAGAUUUACAAAACGUUGGUACAUUCCAAAUGCGUUUAAAAGGUUUUCGUGAUCAACCAGUUGAUCAUUAUGGUCGUCCAUUUUAUCUUAUAGCUGAAUCAAUGCGUACAUCUAAACCAUUUUGUUUUGGUUCAAUGACACGUUUACAAUCAAUGCUCAAUUGGAUACGUGAUCUAUUUGAUAUGUAUCCAAGUCAACCAAAAUUUUCGUUUGUUUUCCAUUCACAAUAUUCACAUGAUUCAAAUAAUCGUUUACCAUAUGGUGAUGAUGAAUUACUUGAGUUUUUGAAACUAAUGUAUGAACGUGGUUAUUUUGAUAAUACAAUAUUUAUUUUAAUGACUGAUCAUGGUGCUCGAUUUUCUACAUUACGAAAAACUUAUCAAGGUAAAUUAGAAGAACGUUUACCAUUUGUAUCUAUACGUAUGCCAAAAAAAUUUCAAGAACAAUAUCCAUCUUUAAUGACAAAUUUACGUUUAAAUUCACAUCGUUUAACAACACCAUUUGAUUUACAUGAAACAUUUGAACAUUUAUUUGAAUUUCAUUCAAAUGACGCAUAUCAAUCGAAAAGUAAUCGUUCAUAUAGUUUAUUUCAAUUAAUACCAGAAAAUCGUACAUGUUCACAAGCUAAUAUUGAACAACAUUGGUGUGCAUGUCUUCAUUGGAAUGAUUUAUCAACGACGGAAGUACUUAUACAAAAAUUUGGACAACAAGCUGUUAAUUAUUUAAAUGAUUUUGUAUCAGAUUAUAAGAAAGAAUGUGCGAAAUUAACAUUAUUUCAAAUAAAUAAAGCAAGUCAAUUAGAACCAAAUGAACGUUUAUUAAAAUUUAUGGGUUCAAGUGAUAAAGAUGGUCGUGUACCAUAUUUUCGUAAUAAUACAAUGAAAAUAUUAAAUAAAACGUUGGAUAGUACUCAAACGAAAUAUUAUCAAAUACAAUUUGAGACUGUACCUGGACAUGGUCAAUUUGAAUUAACAGCUGAAUAUAAUCAAUUAAAUGAUACAUUUAUUAUUAAAAAACAACGUUUAAGUCGAAUGAAUAAAUAUGGACAAACAUCAGCUUGUAUUGCUCAUAAAAGACCAGAAUUCCGAGAAAUUUGUUAUUGUUCUAAUUUGUUAAAUCGUACUCAAAUAUCGAAAUCUCUUCCUGUUAAAUUGUUAUAA